UUUUAUUCUUUGUCAAUUCUUAAUAAUCAAUAAUCACUUAAUUGUUUUAAUAACGUUAUCUCGUGACUGGAGGUUAGCAGUCUUAUAUACAAUAUAAAUACUCUUUAAAAACCAUCUGGAAAAUGUGGCAUGAUUAUUAUUCCUUAAUUCAUCACUGAUAAUGUCUUUAGUGUUAAUCCAUGUUAAAUUCUGUUAUACCUUAAUGUAUUCUGUUAUUUAUUUUUAAACAGAAUUCUAGAUUAUUCAUGUGUUUUGUACAUAUUUAUUUUUUGAUUUGUUAAAAAACAGUUUAAAAGUACUUUGAUGCAGAUUAAUUCUGAAGUACAUUAUAUUUUAUUAAAGCAAUGCAUGUUACCAAUAUAUUAUAAAUGAAUGUUGGUAAAUCAGUAUUUGAUAAUGAGAACAUUUGUUUUAGCGAUAACUUUAAUAAUGGCUAAGUUUAUUGUAAGAAGUCCAAUAAGCUGCAAUUAUUUGAUCCGUUUACUUUGUCAAUCUCACACUGUAUUUUCUCUGCAAACCUGUGGUUAUACUGGGACAUCGAAGCCUAUUAGCCCUGAUAGUCCAUUAGAUGUAUUAAAAAGAAAAAUUGCUCGUGGUGACUUAUUACAUGAUGAGCACCAGGAAAAAGUGACUGAAGGCUUGCAAAGGGUUUACAAUGACUUGAACGAGUAUGAGCCAGAGCAAGCAAGCUUUUUAAGCAAAUGGAUUGGAAAGGGCAAGAAAAAGAAAAAAGCACCAAAGGGAUUGUAUCUUUAUGGAGCUGUUGGUGGAGGUAAAACAAUGUUGAUGGACCUUUUCUAUAAUUGCUGUCAGAUUGAGAAUAAGAGAAGAGUACAUUUUCAUUCAUUCAUGCUGGAUAUACAUAGUAAAAUUCAUGAGGUCAAGAAGACUAUUGUCAGAGAUCACAGCAGUACGAAACUUCAACCCUUUGACCCUAUACCUCCUGUAGCUGCAUCUAUUACAGAGAAAACUUGGCUCCUCUGCUUUGAUGAAUUUCAGGUAACAGAUGUUGCGGAUGCUAUGAUUUUGAAGAGAUUGUUUUCUGAGCUAUUUAAUAAUGGUGUAAUAGUUGUGGCAACAAGUAACAGAGCUCCAGACGAUCUAUAUAAAAAUGGUCUUCAAAGAGGGAAUUUUCUACCAUUUAUUCAAGAGUUAAAAAGCCACUGUGCUAUAAUGUCUUUAGAUUCUGGAAUCGAUUAUAGAUUGAUGGCUGGUCCUGGAAAGGAUAAGAAUUAUUUUAUUAAAGGACUAGAUUCUGAGGAUGCUAUGAAUAAAGUGUUCAAGUACUUAUGUUCUAUGGAAAAUGACGUAGUGAGACCACGAACGAUCUCCAUCCGAGGACGCAAUGUAACAUUUAACAAGACUUGUGGUCAAGUCAUCGAUGCAACAUUUGAGGAAUUGUGCGACCGACCUCUCGGAGCGAGUGAUUACUUAGGACUUAGUCAAGUAUUUCACACAGUAAUAAUACGGGACAUCCCUCAGUUAAAUUUACGUCUAAUAUCUCAGGCUAGACGUUUCAUCACAUUAAUUGACACAUUAUACGACAACAGGGUACGCGUGGUGGUCUCAGCUGCAGUUCCGCAUACCAAAUUAUUUGUCGCUGAAGGAGACUCUGAGUAUACAGACGAGAAGAGAAUGCUAAUGGAUGACUUGAAAAUAUCUCACGGUUCGGAUAAUCACAAGUCAAAUAUUUUUACCGGGGAUGAAGAGUUAUUUGCCUUCGACCGGACUGUAUCUAGACUUUCAGAGAUGCAAACACGAGAUUACUGGGAGCAGUGGGAGCAUCACAGAUAAUGCUACUGUUAAUUAGUUGAAUUUAACUAUACAUUUUUUAGACACAGUUUUUAGAUAAAAUUUAGUUUUAAAAACAACAUAAUGCCAGAGUACAAAGAUAGAUUGUGAAAAACUUUUAUUCACAGUCUCAUGUAAGAUAGAAAAAUUAAUUCAGAAACAAUAUACAUUGUAUUAUGGCGUAUCCCCAUUGUACUUAAUGGAUAUGCGGACAAUUUUCUACCAAGUUGUCUAAUUAGAUAUAGAUAAUGAGUAUCUAAUUAGUUGAAAUUGUUACCUAUAUAUUUAUUAUUAGAUUAGAAAGGGAUUUAUACGAUUACCUAUAUUAUGACUUGCGCAAAUGUACAUAUGUAAUUAAGGAAGCACAUAAUUACCUUAAAUAAACAUAUUUAAUGUUAAACAAUAAAGAAAUUAUUAAUUACUA